AUGCUUCCUUACUCGACGGUGGCUGAGGCAGAGGCCGCGCUGGCGCGGUCCAUGUCCUAUGCGGAGGGCGCGUGGUUUCGGUACACGGCAGGGAUGCCGGACUACUACCUGUACUGCCACAUCGUCCCCAUGCUCCUCCUCGUCUACACACUGUCGUCGGUCCCCCUUGCACUUUUCGAGCUCGGCGCGCCGUCCAUGGCUCUCCGAUACAAGCUGCAGCCCCGGGUGCAGCUCUCGCCGGCCGCGUUCCUCCGCUGCUACAUGGACACCAUGUGCCUGUUGCUCGUCACCAUUGCCCCGCUCCAUCUCGUAUCCUAUCCUGCCGUGAAGACGGCCGGCAUCAGGACAGGGCCUCCAUUGCCGUCCGUGGGGGAGACAGUGGCGCAGCUUGUGGUGUACUUGCUUGUGGAUGACUAUCUCGGCUACUGGAUCCACCGUCUGCUGCACACCAAGUGGGGAUACGACAACAUCCACCGCGUCCACCAUGAGUACACGGCGCCAAUCGCCUUCGCCGCGCCGUACGGGCACUGGUCCGAUGUGCUCAUCCUUGGAGCACCCUCCCUUGUCGGCCCGUCCAUUGUGCCAUGUCACAUAACAACUCUCUGGCUCUGGUUGGUAAUACGCCAGAUAGAGGCCAUCGACACCCACAGUGGGUUUAAGUUCCCGUUCAAUCCGACAAACUAUAUCCCGUUCUAUGGAGGAGCAGAAUACCACGACUAUCAUCACUUUGUUGGAGAGCACAGCCAGAGCAACUUCUCAUCCCUUUUCACCUUCUGUGAUUAUUUGCAUGGAACGGAUAAAGGAUACAGAUACCACAUGGCAAACUUAGUGAAGGUAUAG